AUGGCAAUCAAGCUCAACCUCCAAAAAGCGUAUGACAAAGUCAAUUGGAAGUUCAUCCAAGCCAUCCUUCUCUAUUUCGACUUCAAUGACACCUUCACAAAUUGGGUUAUCUCCUGCAUAUCAUCUGUCUCAUUUGAGGUUCUAGUCAAUGGGGGUAAAACAAAGAGUUUCAAGCCUAGCAGAGGACUUAGGCAAGGCGACCCUUUGUCACCUUAUCUCUUUAUCCUGGAGCAAGAAGUUUUAUCCAGGUUGCUUGAUCAUGAGCUUAGGUCGAAUAAUAUAUGUGGCAUCGAAACAAGCAUCUCUGGCCCAACCAUCACCCAUGUCAUGUACACGGACGACGUUGUGCUAUUUACUAAGGCAACCAAGGGAGAUGCUUCAAACUUGGUUCAGGUCUUGAAUAAAUAUUGUAGCUAG